CGCCCCUUUUUCUGUUGGUUAAUGGUUGAAAUUCGGCUGGAAGGGAAGUCGACAUGUGCUGUUAGAAAAAGAAUGCCACUGACGAAAGCAGCGAAAAUCGGCAUUGCUUGGUCUAUAAUAACCAUCACCAGCAUCGGUGGGUUUGUACUGUCAAAACGGUCUAUUGAAGAACGCCGAGUAGAGUCUAUGAAAGUGCGAGACCGGAUGCGAAAAUCCAACUUUGGCGAAUACCCUUCCAACGAAAGAAAAUACACUUAA